CCCACCGAUCUUGUCGCGGAAACAGCGUGCAUGCCACGUCAUUCGUGCUGUCCGCCACACCGAGCCAGUUCACAAAACCAACCUAGCCCUGCAAUCGUGCCCCACUACUUACGGGCGCCAUUACAAUCUGGACGUCCAGCGCGUGUCCAUCUGCUCCCAUACUCGCGCGGUUGGACUCAGGCUCGCCUUUCCUCCGUGCUGCGGUAGUGCGUGUCCGUGUGUGUCCGUGUGUGCGGGUCGAGCAUGGCGCACGUGGGGCGGAUCGCACGGCACGGCGUGCAGGCCGUGACGAGGGGCCGACUGCGAUUUUCCACAGAGGCGGCGAAAACCGCGUCACGGGAGAAACUGCUGGUGGAGGACGACGCGGCGCUGCACAAGUACAGCCCGCAGAAGGCCGCCAUGGCCACCUGCAACACCGUCGGCAACGCCGCCACCGCACUGGUGCUCGCAGCGGCAGCAGUGGACCUGUCGUAUCGCGUGUUGAACAAGGACAAGUGAGGGGGGCAGCUGCCGCACAUGGGGCCUCGUCACACGGGGAACAGGGGUGGUGGAUGAGGUACUAGAAAGGAAACGCGUCGCCAUUUUUCUCACGAGCCACCUUCAAAGUCAGCAUCUUCGUGGCACUGCUUGCUGGACUCUCGUAGGGAAGAAGUUCUUGAUAGGGGAGGUAGUGUGAGCUUUCCGCUCGUACCACGCAGUUCAGCGCUCUUCACGCGCAUUCUUUUGCGCUAUCUUUCCCAUGUGUUGACUUGAUAGUACAUGCACGUGUUGGAGUCAGAAGCUGUACAUUUAUCAGUCGCACGGAUAACGCGC